AUGGAGCCGGCUCGAGCUCUUAAAUCAUCUUCAUUUCUCAAAAAGGCUUCGCCCCCGUUAAACCCUCCAAAGCCCCACAAAUUUCCUUUCACUCCCUUCCAUAUUUUCCUCACGUUCCUUCCCCUAACAACCUUAGCAAUCUCAACACCAACAACAAUAAAGCCAUCAAAUUUCCUUGAAUUUUACGCCAAACACUGCCACAGCGUAGUCCCUGAAUCACCAAUCACAGGGACUAUAAUAAACAAUGCCUCUCUUUUUGAAACCAAAACCAAAAUCCUCAAUUUUGAUGUUGCCUAUUUCACUGGUGGCUCACAAAUCAUACCCAAAAAACCAGACUCUGAUUCGCCUCCGAAUUUUCUCACUUUUAAGCGAAAAAGACUCAGCCUUCAUCAAACUGAGAACCCUUUUGUGGUUUCCCUUCAAGGGUCUCUUAGAUUUCGCUUUCCUGUCGGGUUUCAUUGGAAUAAUAUUACUCGAAAUCGCAAGAAUUUGAAGAGAAUCCGGUACCGGCCGCCUAGAAUUCCAGUAAACUCUAGGUAUCUAGUUUUUGAGCUAUAUGGGUUCUGGUCAAUGAAUUCAGGGAAGCUGUGUAUGGUGGGAUCUGGAUCAAGUAAUAGCGGUGUAAGUUCUUUAAAUGCUGUUUUUAAGGUUAAUUAUCCUGUGGGUUUAAGCGAUUUUAGGGUCUUGAUUAAUGGGGUUUUGGAAAGUUUGGAUUUUCAAGGUAGUUUUGGUUAUUUUGAGCCGGUUUCGAUUUUGGGUAUACCUCAUUUUGGUGAAUAUAAGUAUGCAUUGGUAGAUAAGGAGAGUGGGAACAUGGGUUUUAGUGAAAAUGAUGAUAGUGUAGCAGAGAGUGAGAAUUUGCCUAUUGAAUCGAUAGAUAGAAGUACGUGUUUAAAUGAAAUGUAUUGGCAUACUAGGAUAUUGGAAUUGGAGUAUGGGAGUGAUUGUAGUGGUGUUAUUGGUGGUAAAUGUAAUCCUUUUAGUGGGAGUUUUGAGGUUUUGCCCAAGAUUAUGACAAUUCAGGGAAUUAGAUGUGAUCAUGAGCAUGAGCAUGAGCAUGAGCGUGAAGCUCGGGUUUUGAUAGGGUUUUUGAAUUCUGCUUUUGUUAAUGGUUAUGGACCUUAUGGCUCUGAAAAAGUUUUUGAUCCUAAUACAAUGUUAAUUGGCGAGGGAGUCUGGGAUGAGAAGAGGAAUAGACUAUUUGUGGUUGCUUGUCGUGUCUUGAAUUUUAAUGUUUCAUUAGCUAAUGCUACUGUUGGUGAUUGCUCAGUUCAGUUGACCUUGAGGUUCCCGAGAACCUUGACGAUUAGAGAUCAGAGUGUUGUUGUGGGGCAAAUUUCUAGCAACAAAACUGUGAAUGAUACAGGCUACUUUCGCAGAAUUGGGUUUCAUGGUUCUGAGUUUGAGGUAAGGCGACUUCCAGGUCUGAACUAUGAGUAUACUAUGCUUGACAAGGCGCAUAAAUCUUGUGCAGAAAAGAAGUCCAUGAAAGCUAAAGGGAAAACAUACCCAUAUGGUUAUUCAUCUGACAUGCGGUUUGAUAUGUUAGUGAGAAAUGGGAAAGGAAAUGUAGCACAGGGCUUUUCAACCCCGAUGUUUGUGGGUGAUCGGCUGUUUGAACCAUAUCUGAUGACCAGCAACUACAGUGGUCCUCUAAAUAUUAGCUACAAGAUGGUGUUCACAGAUUUUUAUAAUUCUAAGUUGGGCAUGCUUCCAUCAAAAGAAUCAGGCACGAUUUCAGCUGAAGGAACAUACGAUAAUGAGAUUGGUGUUCUAUGCAUGAUUGGUUGUCGAUAUUUGAUUUCACAUAUGGGAAUUUCAGCAAAAAAUGAUUCAACUGACUGUGAUGUUCUUGUCAAUGUCCAGUUUUCCCCACUGAAUGGAAAGGGUCAGGGUAACAUCAAAGGAACAGUUGAAAGCAUAAGGGAAAAGUCAGACCCUCUUUACUUUGAGAAGCUCAAGAUAUCUUCAAACUCGAUUUAUCGGCACCAAGCUGUGGAAUCCAUUUGGAGAAUGGAUAUGGAAAUAACGAUGGUUUUGAUUUCUAAUACUCUUGCUUGUAUCUUUAUGGGUUUGCAACUCUAUCAUGUGAAAAAGCAUCCUGAUGUGCUGCCGAUGAUUUCUUUUAUGAUGCUUCUUGUUCUUACUCUGGGUCAUAUGAUACCUCUAUUGUUAAAUUUUGAAGCCUUGUUUGUGUCAAACCGUAACCAACAGAAUGUUUUUCUUGAGAGUGGUGGAUGGCUUGAAGUCAAUGAAGUAGCAGUAAGGGUGGUAAAGAUGGUAGCCUUUCUUUUGAUAUUCUGGCUUCUACAGCUCACCUGGUCUGCUAGGCAGAUUGAUGGAAGCCAUAAAAGCUUGUGGCUUUCUGAGAAAAGGGUUCUUUAUUGGUCUUUCCCAGUGUACAUUUUUGGUGGACUCAUUGCAUGGUAUGUGCACAACUGGAAAAACACUUAUAGGAGCUCACAUCUACUACGAGGCCAUAAGGUUUACCAAGGAAAUCAUCCCUGGACAGAUCUUAAAUCAUAUGCUGGUUUGAUUAUGGAUGGUUUUUUACUCCCACAGAUAAUGUUUAACUUAUUCUUGAACUCUAGAGAAAACACUCUUGCCUCUUCGUUUUAUGUUGGGACAACCAUUAUUCGUUUACUGCCUCAUGCAUAUGACCUUUACCGGGUUCACAGUUCUGCCUGGUACCUUGAUUUGUCAUACUUGUAUGCAAAUCACACACGUGAUUUUUAUUCCACCGCUUGGGACAUCAUAAUCCCUCUGUGUGGUCUGUUGUUUGCUACCCUCGUUUACCUACAGCAGCGAUUUGGUGGUCAUUGCAUUCUUCCAAAGAGAUUUAGAGGGGGUUCCGAGUAUGAAAAGGUUCCCAUAGUUAGCAGUGAGGAACUGCAAGAGAUAGGCACUCAUUGA